CGCUUCAUUGUCGCUGCACACGCAAGCGCUCCACUCUAGACGCGCAUCUCUGCAGUCUCUCUUCCUUUGAUUCUGUCUCUCAAGUGUGUCUGACCAGCAAAGUCAGAUCAAUGCUGUCCUGCGUAGCGCGGUAGAGUCCCACCUGCCAAGCAAAUGAGCAGCCGACAUCCUCAAUCUUGACUCUGCAAGAGCGAAGCAAGCAGCGCGUCUACUAACUCCUGCAACAGAUGACCAGCAUGCUAGAGUCUUGCUCAACGCCCCUGAUCCAAGCGUCUUCCCCGCGUCGUUCACGGAACCAGCUCAUCAGCCUCGAGCUGGCAUCGCAGCAGAUACAGCCAACAACGAAUCCAUGGCUUGAUCAGACAUCGUCUCUUUCUCUUCUGAUACACCGCGCUGAGUCUAACGCAUUCAGAAGGACGAUCUAGACCGAUUUGAACGCCUUGCACACGAUACACGCAUGACAAAGGAACCAGCAGGACUACGACGCGUGUCAAGGGAGGUUCCAAGCGUAUUGAAUGCCGGCCGUCGAAUCCAUUCGCAAAGCGUUGCAGAGCUAGGGAAGGCAAUCCGUCAUUUUGAACGCGACUUCACGUCGCUUGCCAGAACGGAAGCGAACCGUAUUUCCAUGGCCAUCUCUCAGCAUGGUCCCAAGAAUCUGCAAGUCGCCGUACGUGAUGACGCCCAACAAUCUACGCAACGGUUCCCUACUGACAACAGCAAUCGAGGCACAACAAGCGCCUGGCAGAGGCAGAAGCCGGGCAGCAGGGGUCCGACGACGAGAAUGACAUGCAGACACGACACGCACAACGGAGCGCCCGAAACAUCGCGCCACGCCAUGAGUAAGACGACGACUCGCAGGCGCGACAAGUACGUUGCAACACACGAAAUACCGUGCCCCACAAUGAGCAAGACGACGACAGCAAUACAGAAACCGCACUACCACGUCGUACGGUACACUAGUUCUUUCGCUUGUCUCGAUCCAUACUGACCACUACAGGGCAAACGCAACGGGCCAAUGACGGCGAAAGCCCAGUUGCUUCAGAGUGCAGC